GCCUAGGGCGGAGCUGCACGGGCGAGGCGGCGAGCGGGGCGUUGCAGGCGGGCGCGGCUGCUGCUGCCAUGGACUGGUAAUCGCGGCGACUCCUGCUCGCGUCUCCCCGGGCCGGGCGGCUGCGCCUCUCCGUCAGCCCCUCAGCCGGGGCCAUGGGCUCGUCAGCGGCCGCGGCAGCUGCUGCGGCGGCGGCCGCGGACUCGGCGCAGUGGCUCUCAGUGAAAGAAGAGACCAUCUUUCUGCAUGACGGGCUGAUCCGCGUCACCGACCUGGCCGAGCUGCCCAGUGAGAUCCUCGGGGCCCCGGAGGCCGCCGACACCGACUUGGAGAUUUUAACAUUCGAGACCAAGAACCCAAUGGAAUUAGCAGAACGCUUGCGCUCUGUCUGCGGGAAUCAGAGCAACGCCUAUGCCCGCCUGCUGGAGUACCGGCUGAACGCCUUGCGAGGACUGUGGAACGCCCAGCGCCAGCUGGCCUUGGAAGAACAGCACGAAAGGGAGAGUUCUGGCGAUGAGGAAACCUCGGCCCUGCUCAAACGCCAGGGCUUGUUGCAGCAGCCUGAGCAGGCUCCCUUCACGUCGCGGGUGGGGCUCCUGCUGGUCUUCCCCCUUAUUCAGUCCCAGAGUAGAACGGACCCCUCUCUCUGUAACAUUACCGCUGAGGUGCUAUUGAACUGCCUUCGCGACUGCCAGCCUUUGAGCUUGACCAAGGAGCCUGCUGACUGUCUCAAUGGAAUUGAAACUUUGCUGUGCUCUUGGCUAGAGGAGACUUCUGACACAGGCCGGCACAUCCCACAUAAGCAAAAAGAAAAUGCUGCUGCUGCCCUGGUGGCUCUGGCAUGUGCCAGGGGAUCAUUGAAAACUUUUGUCCAUACAGCCCAUCUGUUACAGAAACAGACUGAUCUAGGGUCCUUGCCUGUAGCCGAUGUACUGUAUAGGCUAUUGCUUUUAGAAGGGGGGCCUGGAUCCCCCUCCUGUUUGCUUGGUGGCAAACACAUAGUAUCAUGGGGAUAUGAAGACAUGUUGCCUGCACCAGACAGCAACACUGGCUCCAGUUCUGAAAAUAAAGACGCUGACUUGGGACGCUGUCUCACGGCGGAUGGUCUCUACCUGUAUACUACUAACUCAGUUGGCAGAGGAGUAAGCAAGUUGGGGUCUGGAUUACAUGGUACUCUCAGAGGGUUUGUCUACUGCCGGAACGAGGAGCUGGAGCCAGGAUGGGUUGCUUUUGGCAGCGGCAGUCUUCUCCAUCGGCCUGUAUCUUUUGAUAAUAAACCUCACUCCCUUUUCCAGGUCAUUGACCAGAACACCCUUCAGGUGUGUCAGGUGGUGCCCAUGCCAGCCAACCACCUUCCUGUGGGCAGCACCAUGAGCACCGUGCACCUUUCUUCAGACGGCACUUAUUUCUAUUGGAUCUGGUCUCCUGCCAGUCUGAAUGAGAAAACACCUAAGGGACACUCUGUCUUCAUGGACAUUUUUGAACUUGUGGUUGAAAAUGGUGUGUAUGUAGCCAAUCCACUUCAGGAACGCACAAUUCUAAUGAGAAAAGAGGGCGAGUCUGCAAAAAGCAUUAAUGAGAUGCUUCUGAGCAGACUUUCCCGCUACAGAGCUUCCCCAUCCGCCACGCUGGCCGCCCUCACUGGCUCCACCAUCUCCAACACCCUAAAAGAGGACCAAGCAGCAAACACUAGCUGUGGGCUGCCUCUAAAAAUGCUUCGGAAGACGCCCAUAUAUACCUGUGGCACAUACUUGGUGAUGCUGGUCCCACCUCCAGGGGGGUCAGGCAGCUCCGCCACCCGCUCUCUUUUUGGGGGAACAAGUGGUUUGUCAUCUUUAAAAAUCCUAGCCUCCAGCUUGGUGUAUAAUAUUUCGGAUGGUCAGUUCACAAGCCGUGCCGAUCUCAUAGAUGCUGCUGGAAGCUCCCUGGGGCGUGGCGCUCUUGUACCAGGAUUGGGUGCCUGUUACGAUACAGUGAACAACAUGCUGUGGACCUGCUCGAAUGACUACAUCGAUCAGUGGUGUAAUCCUGGGAAUCAGGCCUUCCAUUACGUCUGCCAGAGGCUCGGAGUCAGCCACAUCAUCUCUGAGCCCAAAGAAGAGGCUAUAACCACGAAUGAGGUUAUAAACCAAUUGUUGCACCACGUUGGUGCGAUGUGCAUACACCAGCUCAAUCUUCUUGCUACCAACCCAAACCUUCCAAUCACAAGUGUCUUGGGCAAGCAGCAUCCGAUCGAAGCACACCACCUUAGCAGUAUUUGUGAUAUUAUGGAGAAGGCCAUGGUUAAUGGAGAUACCUGUAUUAUACGUUGCAUUCUUGUUGUCUUUCAGGUGGUAUUUAAAUUUUUCUUCAGCCCACAAACUGAAAGAAAUCGAGACAUCAUUCGACGGUCGGGAUUGCUUCUUUGGCAGCUGCUGAUGGCACCAAAAGAUCAAAUUUGCCCUGAAAUUCAGAAGGAAGUUUGCCUUGCCAUCAGCUCUGGUUUAAAUAUCUUAUACCCAGGUGAAACGGAAAUCAAUAACUUACUUAAGCUGGUCUUAACAGAAGGAGAGAGAAACAGUGGCCUCUCCCAGCUGCGGGAUGUGAUCCUAACCAAUUUAGCUGAACAGCUUCAAAACAACCGAUUUGGCAGCGAGGAGGAUGAUCAUUACAGACUAAAUGAUGAACUUUUACACUACAUUCUGAAGAUUGUUGUACGAGAAUCCUGUAUCUUAAUCACCAAGUGCCAAACUGUUUCUAAAGAUGAUUUUCAAAAACUCCUUUCAACUGUGCCUGCUGCAUCCUCCUGCCUGCGCUAUCUGAUGGCAGUUCAGAACCACCUUCUCAGUAACACUAUUUUGAUUAAGCCUGACGAGAACGAUGACAGUGACAACUCCUUGCAGGGAGAGACAUUGAAGGUACAGGAGCUAAAGGUCAGUGUUUUGGCUCUUGCCACCCAGAUCCUAACUGGAUGUGAUGAAGUGUUGGAAAUGCUACAGCAAGUCACAACUGCCCUCAUAAAUAGUGACAUACCCGACCGUGAGCUGAGGUUAAAAGGCUUGGAACAAGUUACUAAGGCAACUAUGCUUGGGCACCUUCUUCCAGUGUUACUGACCUCCCUGAUGCAUCCAAAUUUGCAGACUCUGACCAUGGCCGAUGCCCUGAUGCCGCAGCUAGUGCAGCUGGUUCUCUAUACCAGUCAGACGGCUUUGCUGCUUAAAACCCAGUGUCCAGUUUUUGCCGAGGUGGGCUGUUCCCCAUGUGGUGCAUCAGACCAGAAGGGCAGGCUGUUCCCUGAUGAGAGAAUGCUGGAAGAGAAGGAAGAACCAGGCUUUCUCACCGGUUUAAAGAUUCCUGCUCCAUGGGCUGCUGGCAAGACUGUGGAAACAGUCCAUCCUGUCAGAGACAACUACAAAUUUAAAGAAACCGUCCACAUCCCAGGAGCUCGUUGCCUGUACCUUAGAUUUGAUAGCAGAUGCUCUUCACAGUAUGACUAUGACAAAUCUAACAGUGUAUUUUCUGUUUUGAAGUUGGUGGUCUACGCGGGGCCUAACACAAACAGUAGGAAGGUCGCUGAGUACGGAGGCAAUGCACUGGGGUACGGCAGCCGUAGUGUCUUAGGAACCGGUUGGCCGAAAGACUUGGUGAAGGUGGAAGGAGAUACAGUCACCUUCUCCUUUGAAAUGAGAAGUGGCCGUGAGCACAACACUCCUGAUAAAGCUAUGUGGGGCUUUGCUUGCACAGUUCGCGCUCAGGAGUCUUCGGAGGAUGUGUCAGGAGGCCUGCCCUUUCUGGUAGACCUGGCUUUAGGUCUGUCUGUGUUAGCUUGUUCCAUGCUAAGAAUCCUGUACAAUGGACCAGAAAUUACCAAAGAAGAAGAAGCCUGUCAGGAGCUGUUGCGGUCCAAACUUUUGCAAAGGUGCCAAUGGCAGGUGGAGGCCAAUGGUGUGAUCUCCCCGGCCUUGACUCCCAGCCCGUCUCCGCUGCCUCUGACCAUCGAGGAAGACAGGGAAUUCACCUACCCCUCUGACAUCCUUGUGCCUCCAGUGGGAAGCUACUUUGACCUGCCCCGGAUCAGGCUGCCUCCAGGAAUCAUGAUAAAGCUCAGGGAAAUUUCUGGGCGUGCUAGACCUCAAUUUAGACCAAGUAUAAAAGAAGUAAUUCAGCCAGAUGUGAUGGAGGAAAUGGUGGUAUCAUGUGUCAUUAAGCACUUGAACUUGGUUGAUGCACUGCAGUCCCUAAUAAAUUUCCAGUAUCAAGAAGAACACGCUGAGGAAUAUGAUUUAUUGUGUAAAAUUAUGGGCGAGACCUUUAAGAAGCUCAGUGCCAUGGAGAGACAGCUGCAGAGUGUUGCAGAAUUGGAACAGAAGUGGCAAAGUGAGGUGGAUGAUGCCAUACAGGGGAAACUGGAGAACAGCGUGCCCUUCUUCUACGACUACCACUUCAACGAGAACAAAAUGAAAGAACUAGAACUUUUGUGUUCAAUGAAGGAAGUCUCCUUUGAUGGAAAUGAUCUUGAAAACAUGGUCCUAUCUCUGAGGGAGAAGUUCCUACAAGAAGUGAAUUCUCUUAUUCAGAAACCCUCGCACCCACUGGCUAAAACGAAGGCGUUAGUGAAGAGCUUAAUGAACCGAGCCGAGCUCCUGCUGCAUGUCACCAUCGCGGCCCAGUCCGGCCUCACCAGGAGCAUCUCGGGGACCCCUGCGGAAACACCGGCUUGUAAAUCAGCUUCUGAAACAAAGGUGAUAGCUCAUGCUGUGCGGCAGCCUGUUUUCCUUCGUAGCAUGUCCGCUCCUUCUGACCUGGAAAUGAUUGGUAAUGAAGAUUUGGAAUUUACUAGAGCAAAUCAGAGGCGGCGCCAUGUGACCAGCCACCGAAGCAGCUCCUUUACACUCCUGCAGUCACUGGCCAUCGAGGACAGCAGGGACAAGCCCACCUACAGCGUCCUGCUCGGGCAGCUGUUUGCUUUCAUCGGCACCAACCCUGACCAAGCUGUGUCCAGCAGCAGCUUCCUUCUGGCUGCACAGACGAGGUGGCGGCGGGGAAACACUCGCAAGCAGGCCCUGGUGCACAUGCGCGAACUGCUGACUGCAGCUGUGCGAGUUGGGGGCGUGACACAUCUUGUGGGCCCAGUGACCAUGGUCCUUCAGGGAGGACCCAGAAUUGAAGAACUAACCUGUGGCGGGAUGGUCGAGCAGGUCCAGGAAGCCUUCGGCGAGACCAUGACCUCGGUGGUAUCUCUCUGUGCUCGUUAUCCUAUUGCGUGUGCAAAUAGCAUCGGCCUCUUGUGUACCAUACCUUACACCAGGAGCGAGGAGAAGUGCCUGGUUCGCAGCGGCCUUGUUCAGCUCAUGGACCGGCUGUGUAGCUUGAGCAGUCAGACCGAGUCCAGCUCCAGUGAGAAACAAACCAAGAAGCAGAAGGUGGCCACCAUGGCCUGGGCAGCCUUCCAGGUGCUUGCCAACCGCUGUGUCGAGUGGGAAAAGGAAGAAGGCGGCUCCACGGAGGCCGUGCAUUCAGGUCUGGCCCGUCAGGUGUCCAGCCUUCUCACUAACCAUCUUGCCCGAGCCACUGAGUGCUGCGGCAACCAGGCUGCUGGGAACGAUGCUCUCCAGGAUGUGCUGAGCCUCCUCAAUGAUCUCUCGAGGAGUCACAUAGGCAAAGCCAUCCUGAGCCAGCCAGCUUGUGUGUCCAAACUCCUCUCCCUGCUGCUUGACCAACGCCCAUCUCCAAAGCUGGUCCUUAUCAUCCUUCAGCUAUGCCGUGCAGCGCUCCCACUAAUGAGUGUAGAAGAUUGUGGGAACGUGGAGCUCCCCCCCUGGAGCUACUCUGUUCCCUCCCUGAACAGUGAGCAGGAGGAUCCCAGUGACCCAGCAUCCAAGAUCGCCUCGUUGCUCUUAGCGAAGCUGGCAGAUUACGUGGUCCCAGGUGAGCAGCUUUUGAAUGGGAAAAUGGCGCUGAGGUGGCCACUUCUGUGGACGGUCAGACUGAGCUUUCAUUUGUCCACAAUGGCACCUGUGUGCUUCUGUGAUCAGAGACAGAGAAGGGACAGAGCGGGAGAGAGGGAGGAAGGGAGAUUCCACACCAGUGUUCUCCCUGCACAAAUCGCGUUGCAAUUUUUCUGUUUGCUUAAAGGAUGUCAGACAGUUCUUUCUCCAACUGCUUCCGAACCGGACACCACAUUGACCAAAACCAGUCCCAAGAAUUCCUUAAAAGGGGAUAAAGAUCCUGGAGAAGAGAGUGAAGCAGUGGAUGGCAAGCUCUCCAUCUUUAUCCACAAGCGGGAGGACCAGUCAUCCCAUGAAGUUCUCCAGCCAUUACUAAGUAGCUCCGAAGGACGGCCCUUCCGACUUGGUACCGGGGCCAACAUGGAGAAAGUGGUGAAGAUGGAUCGAGACAUGACCAAGGGCGGCUGCUGUGAAGUGAUUACAGAGGAGGCUGCAGCUGCUCUGCGGAAAGCAACCAAGUGGGCACAGUCAGGCCUCAUUGUCAGUGUCGGGCCACCUGUAGAAUCGGUCAACCCAGAGACUGUGAGUGGACUGUCCACAGGUGACAAGAAGAAAACUGCCCAAACCUCCAUUUGCCGAGAGCGGAACUCUGAACUUGCCAGGACUGACCCUGUCCGACCUUUCAUCAGUGGGCAUGUGGCAAAUAGCAUGGCCGCGGAAGUGAUUGCCUUGCUGCACAGCUUAUUGAUGGCACCUGAAUCAAAUGCUGCUCAGAUAUGGACCACGACAGCAGAAAAGGUUCUGUCUCGUGCGCUGAUGUACAUUCCACAAUUGGGGAAAUAUGCAGAAAGCAUCCUGGAAAAUGGAAGCAGUAGUGGCAGAAAACUCGCCAAACUUCAGAGAAUUGCUCGCCAGGCUGUUGCUGCACUGUGUGCACUUGGAGGUUUCAAAGAGACAAUCAAGAUAGGGUCCGAGGUUCAGGUUUUAGGUAGAGGAAUCUCAGGAAGCAUCGGAGUAGUGGCCUCUAUCAAUGAACAGGAAGGUAUUGCCACCGUCAGAUUCCCGCCCAUAGACUGUAGAAAGACUUCGCAAGCAUCAGACACACUGACUAUUCCGUUGUCUAGACUUUGUGUUCCAAGAUCUGAGGCGUUGCCUCUUCACAAACUGUCCAUCACUGAGAAGGUAGUGCAGGCGGUCCAGUCCCUGCUGCUCCCGCAGGAGGGAAGUCUUUCUAUCCACACCUCGCUGCCUGCAACCGGGGAUGGGUCAGCGCCUGUGAUGGCGGUUGUUCGGCUCCUGGCUGAAAUAAGAACAAGAGCAUGCCUGGUCAUGGCCCAGCUUUUAGAAGACAGCUUAUUUUGUGAAGAAUUCAUACAACAGUGCCCAGCAGCUGUUGAAGUUCUUAACCUAGUAGCCCAGGAAUGCAGUGCUGGAGAGCGACUGGCAGUUGUGGAGGUGCAGUGUGAGCGGCUGAGGAUGCUCUACCGGGACUGUGCUCGGCCCCCGCCUCCGCCCCUGCAGGCAGACCGGAGACAGCCCAAAGAGAUAACUUGGAGCCCCUCGAGAGUGUUCCCACCUGUUCGAGCCUGCAUGUUCUCCUCGCACCUUACUUCUGUCACCUUCCUGGCUGACCCCAGCGCCGGGGGUGGCCUGCCUCGAGGCACCUUUAUCUAUGCCACCUCACCACUGCCAGUCCAGGCCCCAUCUUUUUACUGGGAAAUUGAAAUUGUUUCCUAUGGAGAUACUGAUGACGACACUGGACCAAUAGUUUCCUUUGGCUUUGCCACAGAAGCAGAGAAACGAGAUGGGGCUUGGACUAAUCCAGUGGGCACUUGUCUUUUCCAUAACAAUGGCCGGGCCGUGCACUACAAUGGCUCCAGUUUAUUGCAGUGGAAGAGCGUUCGCUUAGAUGUGACCCUCUCUCCUGGUGACGUAGCAGGAAUUGGCUGGGAGAGAACCGAGGGGACUCCGCCACCUCCAGGGCAGCCAGCCAAGGGCCGGGUAUACUUCACGUACUGCGGCCAGCGCCUCACACCGUAUCUCGAGGACGUCUCUGGUGGGAUGUGGCCUGUGGUUCACAUUCAGAAAAAGAACACCAAGACUCGGGCUAACUUUGGCUCCCGCCCGUUCGCUUAUGCUGAAGGGCAGGCCCACCGCAACGCUGCCGACCUGUGCACUGACCUGGCAGAGGAGAUCAGCGCUAACUUCGAGGCCCUGCCCUUCGCCAUGGCAUCUGACAGUGACAACGAUGCCGGCACCAGCAUCGCGUCAGACCCGGGCACUCACGGGCCACCCUGCCGGAUUGCGGCCGUGGCCACCGCCCAGCAACAAUACGACAGUGACACUUCCUGUCACUACAAAGUAGAGCUCAGCUAUGAGAAUUUCAUCACCUCCGGCCCAGACCCCCACCCACCUCCCAUUGCAGAUGAUGAAAGCGAUGACGAUGACGAUGACGACAUCCCACAGGAGGACCACUACGCCCUGCUGGUGAAGGCGUGGGAGACCAAGGUUUUUCCUACUAUCCGGAGACGCUUCCGCAAUGAAGCAGAGCGGAAAUCGGGCCUGGACCAGAUAAAGGGCGCUUUACAACUAGGCAUGGUGGAUAUUGCCCGACAGACAGUCGAAUUCCUGUAUGAGGAGAACGGUGGCAUCCCAAGAGACCUUUACCUUCCCACCAUUGAAGACAUCAAAGACGAAGCAAACAAGUUCACAAUUGAUAAAGUUCGAAAAGGUCUCACAGUAGUAACCCGCUCUCCGGACAGCAAUAACGUCGCCAGCAGUACCGUUGGAACAGCUCUGCCAAAAUUCGCCAUCCGAGGGAUGCUGAAAACCUUUGGGCUUCACGGAGUCGUCUUAGAUGUGGAUUCAGUGAAUGAACUGGUUCAGGUAGAAACCUACCUCCGGAGUGAAGGCGUGCUGGUCCGGUACUGGUACCCUAUUGACAUGCUGGAACGGCCCCCUGCAGGCUACCGGAGGACUGCCACCAACGGGCUGGUCACCCUGGACAACACCAACCUUCAAAUUCACAGGGAGCUGCUGCGGUGUGAGGCUGCGCUGGCCAGGCUGUACUGCCGCGUGGCGCUGCUCAACAUCUUUGCGCCGAAGCUGCCACACUUGUUUACCCGCCUCUUCCACAUCCCUGCUAUCCGUGACAUCACCCUGGAGCACCUGCAGCUGCUGUCCAAUCAGCUCCUCGCUCCUCCCCUCCCAGACGGCACCAUCAGCUCCAGCUCGAUCCUCCUGGCCCAGUCUCUGCAGCACUGCGUCCAUUCCCAGAACUGCUCGGCCACAGACCUCUUCUACCAGGGCAGCUCCCAGACGGUGAGAGAGUGGCUCAGUGUGGCCAUCACGCGCACCCUGCACCAGGGCGAGGAGAGCCUUUUGGAGCUGACAAGACAGAUCUGCUCCUUCCUGCAGACAGCGCCAGAGCAGUUCCCCUCUGAAGAGUUUCCCAUCUCCGAGUCCAAAGUCAGCAUGGAUGUUAAUUUCCCUGGGGCAGCUUUUGUUGUGGUAUCUUGCAAAGAAAGUCAGUCUGGAUUCCGCAAAGAUUCCUCUCUGUACAAGGCGCCCUGGGCGCGGGUGCUCGUGUACGGACUGGGCCACAAAGUGAAGCGAAAUGGCCAGCUGAACCUCAUCGAGGCCGUCUGCUACCCACGGGAUGCGUCUCCGGCCAACACUGGGCUCACGCCGCCUCCCACCGCCAACCAGUACCCUUCUGUGAUCCUGUCCACAGACAAGGUCCACAUCAAGCUGGGAGUGGCCCCGCCCCCGGGAGCGGUGCUGGUGCUGCACUCUCUGCCCCUGGAGUUCCCGCUGGCCAUGGCCUUCGCAGAGCAGCUGCUGUCCUGGAAGUCCGAGGGCGGCGAAGGGAAGUCCGAGGAUGAGCCGGAUGCCGUCCCGACAUCAGUCCUCCUGCAAGUGGCGGAGCUGCUGGGAAACUUCCUGUGGACCACAGACAUGGCGGCCUGCGUGAAGGAGCUCGUUUUCCAUCUCCUGGCAGAGCUGCUGCGCACAGUGCACGCCCUGGAGCAGAGGAAACGCCCCGCCGGCCUGUCCUCCUCCAUCGCCCUCCAGCUGAACCCCUGCCUGGCGAUGCUCAUGGCCCUGCAGUCCGAGCUCCAUAAGCUGUACGACGAGGAGACGCAGAGCUGGGUCUCGGGCAGCAGCUGUGGGGGCGCGGGGACAGCGGCGGCCGCUGACCAGGGCAGGUUCUCCACGUAUUUUCACGCACUCAUGGAAGGUUGCCUGGCUGUGGCUGAAGUGACCCUGCCCACAAACAUGAGUGUCUCGGCCAGUGGAGUGACCUCAACGACCGCCCCAAACCUCAGUGACUCCUCCUCCUCCUCCUCAUCCUCCCCAGGACAGACACCACAGAGCCCCAGCCUCCUGUCCAAGAGGAAGAAAGUCAAGAUGAAGCGGGAAAAGGCCUCCUCCUCCGGGAAGCGCCAGUCCUCCCGCUCUGGGGACUCCGACCCCGCCAUGCUCAGCAUCGGGGGCAGCAAGCCCGAGGACAUGCUGUGGUUCCAUCGAGCCCUGACCUUGCUCAUCAUCCUCCGGCACCUCACCAGGAAGGACCCGCAGGGCCUGGGCGUGACGAGCGACGCCAUCGCCGAUGCCUGCCAGGCCCUGGUCGGCCCCACUGCCCACAGCCGCCUGCUGGUGAUCUCGGGAAUCCCCACCCACCUGGAUGAGGGCAUUGUUAGAGGCGCCAUCCGCAAGGCCUGCAAUGCCCACGGUGGGGUCUUCAAAGACGAGAUCUACAUUCCUCUGCAGGAUGAAGACCCCAAGAAGCCGAAAGACAAGGCCGAGGGCAGUGACGGGAAAGCCGAGCCCGAGAAGACCCUUGGCUUCCCCAGCACGGACAGCCUGGAUGUCAGCACGUCCAGCAGCCUGACCCCGGCCAUGAGCAUCAGCGCAUCCGCCUCCACCAGCCAGGCCUCCAUCUGCAGCUCCCAGGGCAUCUCGCAGACAGUCAGUGACCUGUCCGUGGACCUGCUGCCUGCGGGCCUCGAGCUUCCCCUCCCUCCUGGCUUGCUGGAGCCCCACGUGGUGUCCAGCCAGGAGAGCCUGGACAUCUCCCUGUGCAGCACCGGCAGCCUGGGCAGCCUGGGCAGCCUGGGGGAGCCGCUGGACAAUGCAGAGACGGCCUCGGUGUCAGACGUGGGCUCCGUGUACACCGCCACGUCCUUGGACAGCCAGCCCCUGGCAGCGCGCCCCAUCAAAGGCUUUGCGGUCGUGGAGAUAAGAUCCCGAGCCAAGAUCGAGAAAAUUCGAGCAAGUUUAUUUAACAAUAAUGACUUGAUUGGUCUGUCAAGUUUGGACGGUGAAGAUGAAUUGAUGGAAAUGUCAACAGAAGAGAUUCUCACUGUAUCUGUAGUAAAUCAGAGUUUGUUUGACACUCAAGGGAGCCCAGGGUUAGAAGAUUAUUUCAAUGAUAAGUCAAUUAAAGGUGAGAAGCUGGUGCCUGGGGCCAGAGAGGUGCUGACGGAGAUAUUUAAGAGCUGUGCCCAUUCGGAGCAGAUGCUGAGCCUGACGCCAGCAAAGCCCAUCAAAGUGUCUGACAUUUAUCUUAGCAAAGAGCAGAUCAACUCCCAGACGCCAGGCAACCUCCUUCACCUCUUCUUCACCAAUGUCCGGCCUCCAAAGAAGGUUCUGGAGGACCAGCUCACGCAGAUCCUGAGGAAAUACGGCGUGCCGAAGCCCAAGUUCGACAAGAGCAAGUACAGCAAAGCUGGCAAGGAGCAGCACCCCGGCAAGGUGGUGAGCACGAAGCGGCCCCUCUCCAAGCCGCCUGCCAAGGACAAGGCUGUGCUCAACAGCGUCAGCAGGGCUGCCCUGAGCGAGAAGAAGCCCACUGUGAAGCCCAAGUCCCCGGAAAAGAGCAAGCCGGAUGAAAAGGACCCAGAAAAGUCACCCACCAAAAAACAAGAAGUCCCUGAGGAAAAGUAUCUGACCCUGGAAGGAUUUCACAAGUUCGUUGUGGACCGAGCUAAGCAAGACAUCCGCAGCGUCUGGAGGGCAAUUUUGUCCUGUGGUUACGACCUCCACUUUGAAAGGUGCGCCUGCAUCGAUGUCCGCCAUGCGCACAAGGCCUCGAGGAAGUGGACCCUGGAGAUGGACGUGGCGCUCGUGCAGUACAUCAACCGGCUCUGCCGCCACCUGGCCAUCACGCCUGCGCGGCUCCACCCCCACGAGGUGUACCUGGACCCCGCGGACACCACCGACCCCAGAGUGGCCUGUCUCUUGAACGUGCCCAUCGAGAGCCUGCGCCUGCGCUUCGCCCUGCUGCAGUCCCUCAACACCACCCUGGAGACCUUCUUCCUGCCCCUGGUGGAGCUGCGCCAGACGCCCGUGCAUGCACACAGCAUCGCCGCCCUGCUGAAGGAGGCCAAAGGGCUGAUCUUCUAUGACACAAAGGUGACUGUCAUGAACCGGGUGCUGAACGCCACAGUGCAGAGGACCGCUGACCAUGCGGCGCCUGAGAUCACUUUGGAUCCCCUGGAAAUCGUGGGAGGAGAGAUCAGAGCUUCUGAAAACUCCUACUUCUGCCAAGCUGCCCGGCAGCUGGCCUCCGUGCCAUCCUCUCAGCUGUGUGUCAAACUGGCUAGUGGCGGCGACCCGACCUAUGCCUUCAACAUCCGCUUCACCGGGGAGGAGGUCCACGGCACCAGCGGCUCUUUCCGCCACUUCCUGUGGCAGGUGUGUAAGGAGCUGCAGAGCUCCUCGCUGUCCCUCCUGCUGCUGUGCCCCAGCGCAGCUGUCAACAAGAACAAGGGCAAGUACAUCCUGACCCCCAGCCCCAUCACCUACGGGGAGGAGCAGCUGCUGCACUUCCUGGGCCAGCUGCUGGGCAUCGCAAUCCGCGCAGACGUCCCUCUGCCCCUGGACCUGCUGCCCUCCUUCUGGAAGACGCUGGUGGGCGAGCCCCUGGACGCCGAACAGGACCUGCAGGAGGCAGACGUACUCACCUACAACUACGUCAAGAAAUUCGAGAGUAUCAACGACGAGACCGAGCUGGAGGCCCUGUGCGCCGAGAUCGCCUCCCAGCACCUGGCGGCGGAGAGCCCUGACGGCCCCAGCAAGCCUUGCUGCCGGUUCACCUACCUGACCAUGACGGGCGAGGAGGUGGAGCUGUGCAGCCGCGGCCGGCACAUCCCCGUGGCGUGGGAGAACAAGGACAUCUAUGCGGCGGCCAUCCGGAGCCUGCGGCUGCGGGAGCUGCGGAAUGACGAGUGUGUGGCGGCCGUGCGGGCGGGCCUGGGCUCCAUCAUCCCCCUGCAGCUGCUCACCACGCUCAGCCCUCUGGAGAUGGAGCUGCGGACCUGCGGCCUCCCCUACAUCAACCUCGAGUUCCUGAAGGCCCACACCAUGUACCAGGUGGGUCUGAUGGAAACAGACCAGCACAUCGAGUUCUUCUGGGGGGCACUGGAGAUGUUCACCCAGGAGGAGCUGUGCAAGUUCAUCAAGUUCGCCUGCAACCAGGAGCGCAUCCCGUUCACCUGCCCCUGCAAGGACGGGGGCCCCGACACAGCCCAUGUGCCCCCGUACCCCAUGAAGAUCGCCCCUCCAGAUGGCACAGCAGGGUCCCCAGACUCUCGCUACAUCCGCGUGGAGACCUGCAUGUUCAUGAUCAAGCUUCCCCAAUACUCCUCUCUGGAAAUCAUGCUGGAGAAACUUCGCUGUGCCAUUCACUACCGCGAAGACCCCCUAAGUGGCUGAAGGGAAGGAGCUCCAGAGUUAGGCUGUCACCAAGGCACCACUCUGCCGGCUCGGAAAGCCCGUCACUGCUGGGCACGUCCCUCCAGGGCCCUGCGUGAGGAGUCGGCGACAUUUUGCUUUUCCGAACUUAUGUCCACAUUCCAGGACCUCCUGGAAGACUUAAUCCUUUGUAUUUGUACGUUUUGUGAUGGGUUGGUUCUUUUGCUACCUGUUCAUGGUAUGUUUGUAGGGUAGUUUAGUUCCCAGUUUGUGACUCAGUUGAUCUUCCUGGACACUGUCUUUCGUGGGCACUGGAUUCCGAUGCCCUCAGGCCCCAGAUGGUUCCACAUCACAGAACCACCCAGCAGGAAGCUGGCGAUGAAAUGCCAUCUGUCGGCCCCUCAGUGUCCUCCUCCUUCUGCAGAGCACGCCCACCAACAAGCCUGUGGCCAGGCCUGCCCUUCCUACCUGGACCUGGAGUUCCUCCUGGGCUUGGCUCCUGGAGGCCUUCUCCCGUCUUGCCGUGGUUAGGCCAGUUACCCAAACAUGGGAGGUUUAUAUGUUAACCUUCUGGCUUUAGAGCCUUGUUAAUGGUCUGGGUUUUUCUGAGGAAAAGCCCACCGUGAUCCUCCCCUCUCCCUCUACUCAGACAACCCUCUCUGCUGUCUUUUCUGGGGCCCUGGUCUGAGUUUCCACGCGUGUUCCUCAGGAGCAGGUGACCAGAGGGUUCGUUCCCGACAUUGUUUCAGAGCCUGGCCGGGUGCAUCCCAGCUCCAGGAGUCGCUGGACAGCCAGAGUUGGAGGGACAGGCUUGAGACUGACUGGAUGGGAAAGCACAUGGUUCCAGCCUACCCUGCUCUGCGCGCAGACACGGCCAGUCCUCACGGCAGUGUUCGUGAUGGCAGAGGACUGAGAAUGGAGAGGAGUCUGAGGUGUUCUGCUUGAUUCGAGGUCUACUUCAGUGACUAAGACCUUCAAGUCCAGAUGGAGACACAAGGGGGGGGGGUCUCUCUGCUCCCCUGGCUGGGCCCACCCAGCACCCCCCUUGCCGCCCCAUGUGUGUGCCAGGGCUGGGCUGCUGCAGCUCACCCACUGCCCCAGUGCAUUUUUGCCCCAAUAGGUCUUUGUCCAGUGGUACUUUGUUCAAGAGCAGCAUAUGCCGUCUUGUUGGACACUGUCAUUUUGGGCCUUGCCAGUUCUCACAGAAUCCCAUCACUGUAUUUAUUGUAUAAUAUUGUGAAUAUCAGAAGUUCUGAGCAAGUGCUGGCAGGCCGCUUGGGUGAGUGGGUGCUGGUAAGAGGAGGACACUGUGGCCCUGCCUGCUGGAAAGACGUGUGGGGUUUUUGAGCCUUUAGCAUCCAUCUCCUCCCCUGUUAUUCUUAGGAACUGCAUUAAGGACCAUUGUAGAAAAGCUUCCCCGACCUAAGGAAAAGAUAGACCUGGAUUAACCUUCGGUGGCAUUGCUUACAUGUGAUGCAGGAUCAGUGUCUGGAGGUGAGUGCCUGCAGUUUCCCUGCUGUGAAGGGCUGUGGUGGGCCACUGCCUCUUGGGGCCACCGCCCCUAGCCUGGAGGUCACAGUGGGAUGUAGUCCUGACAAGGAUCCUCUUAUUUAAUUUCUGCAUAAUGAAAGAGCCUUUGGAUUUAUUAGGAGUGGUUCUUCCUCCUAUAUUUUUAAAUUCUCGGUCCCCUCCAAUCCUUCCCAUCCACUGAAUGGACUCAGAAUUCUGUCAGCUACCUCCCCAGGAGGGGUUCGGGAAGCUCUUAUUGGCCCAUCACUUGAUUAGGUGACAGCUGUGAGUAAGGUAUCUGCUGCUAGCACGACUGCUUCUCCCAGAGAGCACAUCAAGGUCCAGACAGAUCUAAACCUUGGCCCUAAAACACGUGUGCUGUAAAGUUACUUGAUGUAUAUUUAUUAUAAUUAUUUAUGGUUGCAUUUAACAAACUUUUCAUUCAAUUUGAUGCUAUUUACACCAUCGCUGUGUAAAGGAAGCUCACUACAGGAAGUCUCACCAAUAAAUAAUCUUCAUCUAAUUUUGAUUUACCCUAAGAGUUGUGUGAUCAUCUACUCUUCUAAAAAAAAAUUUAUUUUUCAAUUAGACACUCAGUAUUAGUCUUGGGUGCCUAAUAUAGCUGCUAAUAUAGCAGUAAUUAGGCAUUUAUAUAUCUUAUGAAGUGAUUCCCCCCCAAUAACUUUAGCACCCACCUGAUGCCAUAGUUAUUGCAGAUUAUAGUCUCUAAGCUGUACUUUACAUCCCUGUGACCUGUUUUUAUAACUGGCAAUUUGUAUAUCCCAGUCCCCUCACCUUUUUCACUAACCCAACUCCCCUCUCAUCUGAAUCUAUGAAUUUUUGUUUCAUUAGGUCCAUUCAUGUUGUAACAAGUGGCAAUGUUUCAUUUUUUAUGGUUUAGUAUUCUAUAUUUAUAGAUAUUUAUCCAUUCAUCUGUCAACAAUUCAGUUUCUUCCAUACCUUGGACAUUGUAAAUAAUGCUGCAAUCAAGAAUAGGCAUGCAUUAUCUUUUCAAAUAUGUGUUUUGGAUUUCUUUGGAUAAAUACCCAAGUAGGACUGUAGGAUCAUUUGGUGGUUCUUAUUUUUUGAGGAACCUUCAUACUGUUUUCCAUGGUAGGCGUACAAAUUUGCAAUCCCACCAACAGUACACACAGAUUUUCUUUUUUCCACAUCUUUGCCAUUUGUUUGAUUUAUUGAUGGUAGCCAUUCUGACAGAUGUGAGGUGACAUCUUAUUGUUUUAAUUUGCAUUGCUCUGAUGAUAAUGUUGAACAUCUUUUCAUAUGUCUGGCCAUUUGUAUGCCCUCUUAAAUUGUAUGAAGUCCUUAUUUUGGAUAUUAACCCCUUACUGGUUGUAUCAUCAGAGUUCUCUUCUACCAUCCAGUGGGUUGUCUUUUGGUUUUUUUGCUGAUUUCCUUCAUUGUGCAAAACUUUAGUUUGAUGUAGUCUUAUUUAUUUUUCAUUUCCCUUGCCUGAGGAGGUAUAUAUGAAAAAAAAUACUAC